AUGGCGGCAGUGGUGGACAAGUGGGAUGUGAAGCAGAUGGAGUCCGGAGACAAGGCGUGGUCGCAGCGGACAGGCCCAGAGAAGGCUCUCUUCGUGACCAUCCAGGUGCUAAAGGUGGUGACGGCGGUGGGGCUUCUCUACAUCUUCCUCAUCUCCCUCAGCAUGAUGGGCGACGCGUUUACCGUCAUCGGUGGCCCCACCGCCGGCGCGGUCUUCCGGAACAACGCCAUCUUCGACAACCCGUUCGCGGGUUGCUCCCUCGGGAUCCUGGCGACAGUGCUGGUGCAGUCAUCGUCGACCAGCACCUCCAUCAUCAUCACGAUGACCGCGGCAGGCCUGAUCGAUCCCAAGAACGCCGUUUACAUGAUCAUGGGGGCGAACAUCGGCACAUCCGUCACCAACACAAUCGUCAGCAUGUCCCACAUGGGCGACGUGGACCAGUACCGCCGGGCGUUUGCGGGCGCAACGGUGCACGAUUGCUUCAACCUGCUGACAGUGUCCAUCUUGCUCCCGCUCGAGUACUUCACCCACAUGCUCUACCACAUCGGCAGCGCCCUUGUCGAGUCCGCUGGCAUCGAGGAGGACCAGGAGGCGAAGGAGAAGGUCGACUUUAUCAAGGUGCUCACGAAGCCCGUCACCUCUCGCCUGAUAUCUGUGGACAAGAAGCUGGUGACCAAGGUCGCGCAGGCGAGCGACCAGGACAAGCUGGACGACCUGCUGGCACAGUCGAUCAUCCAGAACAAGCGCACCCAGGACAACCAUAUGUUCCUGGACACCCCCCUGAGUGACGAGGGGGCUGGGUGGCUGCUGCUGGUCAUCUCCCUGGUGAUGCUGUCCACCACGCUCAUCCUCCUGGUCAAGCUGCUGCAGACGAUCUUUCGGGGCCGCGCCGCGAUUUGGAUGCAGGGACUUCUGAAUCUGGAGUUCAAGACGGUGCCCUUUGUGGCCGACUACAUCCUUAUCCUCUUCGGUGUGGGCAUCACUAUCCUCAUGCAGAGCAGCAGCAUAACCACCUCGACGCUGACGCCGCUCGUCGGAAUCGGCCUGAUCAAGCUUGACAAGAUGUUCCCGUUCACCGUCGGCGCGAACGUGGGCACCACCGUCACGGGCAUGCUGUCAGCGCUGGCGGGCUCGAACGUCGCGACCGGCAUGACGGUGGCGUUUUCGCACCUGUUCUUCAACCUCAUCGGCGCUUUGAUCUGGUUCCCGAUUCCUGCCAUGCGGGCCGUGCCGCUCACCAUGGCCAGGGCGCUGGGUAGCAUGGCCGCGGACCUGCGCUGGUUCCCCCUCGCCUACAUCUUCGCCGUCUUCGCGGCCAUUCGGGCCUGCUCCUGGGGCUGUCCCUGA